CGUACACAAACAAAUAACAUGGCAGACCCUUGAAAAGCAUAUUUAAACUUUCAAAAUAUACUUCGAAUAGUCUAAAUAUUCAACUCGUUUCCAAGGAUUACGAGGUAUUUUUUUCUGCUUUGCAGCCGAUAUAAACCCCAUGGUUAUGGAAUUAUGGCACGAGCUCCUGGGCACUUCUGCGCCGUCCCAUGUCUGCAUUCUGGCCUUGACAGUAUUCGUGGCCGUCUAUUAUCUAAUGCACACAUUUCGCAAACACCAGGAUUUCUCCAAUAUUCCUCCUGGUCCUAAACCAUGGCCAAUAGUAGGAAAUUUCGGCGGGUUUCUGGUUCCCAAUUUCAUCUGGAGGAGGUUUGGAGACUGGGGAGAGAAGGACGUCCCAAAGUCAAAGACACGAGCUCUAAUUUCGCCUCAAGUUAGUAUCACGGAACAAGCUAAGGUUUACGGUAACAUCUACAGUAUGUGGGUAGGGAGUCAGCUGGUAGUAGUACUGAACGGAUAUGAAGUGGUCAGGGAUGCCCUCUCAAACCGGGCAGAUGUGUUCUCCGACAGACCAGAGAUUCCCACCGUUACCAUCAUGACCAAGCGGAAAGGCAUAGUUUUUGCACCUUAUGGACCAGUAUGGAGAAGGCAGCGCAAGUUCUGCCACACCACGCUGCGGAACUUUGGCCUGGGCAAGUUGAGCCUGGAGCCCUGUAUCCUUGAGGGGCUGGCUGUGGUCAAAUCUGAGCUGCUGCGUCUCAGCGAGGAAGAUACUGAGGGUUCAGGAGUGGACCUGACCCCUCUGAUAACUAACUCUGUGUCCAACGUAAUCUCCUACAUCGCCCUGGGCCAGCGCUUCCACCACACUGACCGGGAGUUUGGCGCCCUGCUGGACCUGAUGGCCCGCGGCCUAGAGAUCAUCGCCAACAGCGCGGCGGUCCUCAUCAAUGUCUUCCCCCUGCUCUACUACCUGCCCUUCGGUGUCUUCAGAGAGGUACGGCAAGUGGAAAGGGACAUCACUGCCUUCCUGAAGCAGAUCAUCACCAGACACAGAGAGACGUUAGACCCAGCCAACCCCAGAGAUCUCAUAGACAUGUACCUGGUAGAGAUGCUGGCCCAGGAGGCCGCUGGGGAGACAGACAGUAGCUUCUCAGAGGACUAUCUAUUCUACAUCAUAGGAGACCUCUUCAUUGCUGGUACUGAUACCACCACCAACACAGUGCUGUGGAUGAUGCUCUACAUGGUCGUGUAUCCAGAUAUCCAAGAGAGGGUGCAGGCGGAGAUCGAUGCAGUGGUGGGCCCAGACAGGGUCCCGUCUCUCACUGAUAAAGGCAGCCUGCCGUUCACGGAGGCCACCAUCAUGGAGGUGCAGAGGUUGACUGUGGUGGUCCCCCUGGCCAUCCCUCACAUGGCCUCAGAGACCACAGAGUUCCGUGGCUAUACGAUCCCUAAGGGCACAGUGAUCAUCCCCAACCUGUGGUCUGUCCAUAGGGAUCCCACUGUGUGGGAGGAGCCAGACGACUUCAACCCCUCUCGUUUCCUAGACGACCAGGGGAAUCUCCUGAGGAAAGAGUGCUUCAUACCGUUCGGAAUAGGACGCAGGGUGUGUAUGGGCGAGCAGCUGGCUAAGAUGGAGCUGUUUCUGAUGUUCACCAGCCUACUACAGGCCUUCAGUCUCAGACUGCCCGAGGGGCUGGCCCCUCCUCCCAUGCACGGGCGCUUUGGCCUCACCCUGGCCCCCUGCUCAUACACUGUGACUGUGAGGCCCCGGCAGUGAGGCCACCAGACGAACAACAACCGCUGACACUGUAAUUAAGCCAUAAGGCACAAGAGGAAGUGGUGUAUCAUGAAUACAGUCACAGGUAAACAGCGUUAGUUGGCCCGAUGCGACAGCAUCAGCCAGUUGUGACGACCCACCCACUCUGUCUGCCGUAUUCUCUCUCUGUUAUUUCCUUAUUAGGAUGCUGGUGGGCGGAGUUGGGUGAGUCGUCAGCUACAUGGGAAACACCUGGGCCCGGUGUCGCCCAGGAUAAAUACACCACUUCCCCAUUCAUGGAGGAGACUCUCUCCAUGCAGACACCUUUAUGGAUUUUGUUGUGUUUCUUGGUGGUUUUUGGGAUGUUUGCGACAGCAUCUUUCAACACCCUGCAUUAUCACAUUCAUGCAUGUAAAACACUCACUUACACUACUGAUUACUGAUUACACACCAUUGUAUAUUUUCCUUAGUUUCUUUAGUUAAUAAAUAUAUAUUUUGUUACUCCUUAUCUCCACGUUGUCUCCCUUUUGUUACGGGCUUUGAGCCGGUUCGUGACACAGUCAACCCAUUUGUCUGUAACUGUAUUCAUGAUACUGCCUCGUGCCUUAAUGCUUUUAUAAAACUGGUACUAAAAUAACAAUGAAUAACAUAUUUUAAUAAAAAAAAAUAUUUUGAUAAGUCAAUUCAUACUCUUUAAUUCUUCCACCGGAAGAUAUAGU